UGUUACCAGGAGGCUGAAGGGCCCCGAAAGGUCUGCAGCCAACUCCACCGCCUUUGCCUCCAGUGGCUGAAGCCAGAAAGGCACAGCAAGAAGGAGAUCCUGGACCUGGUGAUCCUGGAGCAGUUCCUGGCCAUCCUGCCCCCAGAGAUGGAGAGCUGGGUCAGGGAAUGUGGGCCGGAGAGCAGUUCCCAGGCGGUGGCCCUGGCAGAAGGGUUCCUCCUGAGCCACGCAGGUGACAAGAAUCGAGACCAGCGGGUGCAGGAAAACAUCGAGUGUUGCCCCGGAGCAGCUUUUCUGGAGGAGGCCUUGAAACCAACAAUAAAUUCUUCGCCAAUUCUUUGCAGCAGAAAUAAAGCAACUUCCACGUGGCCAGAAUGGGUUCUGAUGACCUUCGAGGAUGUGUCUGUUCAUUUCAGUGACGAGGAGUGGUCUCUACUGGAUGUGGAAAAAAGAAGACUUCACAAGGAAGUCAUGGAGGACAAUUUUCAGAAUGUGGCCUUUCUGGGAGGACUUCUGGAGCCAGAAGAAAGCGAGAGAUCAGCAGAGGCUGGGAGUCCCAGGAGAAAACCUCAGAGAGAACUCCCAUUGGAAGAGGAACAGCAGAGAAGAAGCAAUGGGACAAAAGGAAAAAGAGGGGAGGAAUCAUUCCAUCAACAAAACCAUACAGGAGAGAAAAGACAUGAACAUGAGCACUGGCGGAAGAGUUUUGCUCAGAGUGGAGAACUUACUGUCCAUCGAGGAAUUCAAGCAGGGGAGAAACUGUAUAAAUGCACCGAGUAUGGAAAGAGCUUUGUUCGGAAUGAAGAAUUUACUGUCCAUCAACAAAUACAUGAAGGGGAAAAACCAUAUAAAUGCGUGGAGUGUGGGAAGAGCUUUGCUGACAGUACAUACCUUACUGUCCAUCGACGAAUUCACACAGGGGAGAAACCAUACAAAUGUGUGGAGUGUGGGAAGAGCUUUGUUCGAUGUCAACAGCUUACUGUCCAUAAACGAAUUCACACAGGGGAGAAACCAUAUAAAUGCAUAGAGUGUGGAAAGAGCUUUGCUCGGAAUACACAUCUUACUGUCCAUCAACGAAUCCACACAGGGGAGAAGCCAUAUAAAUGUUUAGAGUGCGGGAAGAGCUUUGUUCACAGUCCACAUCUUACUGUCCAUCGACGAAUCCACACAGGGGAGAAACCAUAUAAAUGUGUGGAGUGUGGCAAGGGCUUUGCUGACAGUCCACAGCUUACUGUCCAUCGACGAAUCCACACAGGGGAGAAACCAUAUACAUGCGUGGAGUGUGGGAAGAGCUUUACUCGGUGUCAACAGCUUACUGCCCAUCGACGAACCCACACAGGAGAGAAACCAUAUAAAUGCAUGGAGUGUGGGAAGAGCUUUGCACGGAAUACACACCUUAAACUCCAUCGUAGAAUCCACACAGGGGAGAAGCCAUAUAAAUGUGUGGAGUGUGGGAAGAGCUUUGCUGACAAGUCACAUUUUAAUGUCCAUCGACGAAUCCAUACAGGGGAGAAACCAUAUAAAUGUAUGGAGUGUGGAAAGACCUUUGCUCAGAAGCUACAGCUUACUGUUCAUAACCGAAUCCACACAGGUGAGAAACCAUAUACAUGUGUGGAGUGUGGGAAGAGUUUUAUUCGUAGUCAACAGCUUACUGUCCAUCGACGAAUCCAUAUAGGGGAGGAACCAUAUAAAUGCAUGGAGUGUGGCAAGACCUUUGUUCAGAAUAUAGAGCUUACCAUCCAUCACCGAAUCCACACAGGGGAGAGACCAUAUAAAUGUGAGGAAUGUGGGAAGAGCUUUGUUCGGAGUCAACAGCUUACUGUUCAUCGACAAACCCACACAGGGGAGAAACCAUACAAAUGUAUGGACUGUGGGAAGACGUUUGCUCGGAAGUCAAAGCUUAUUGUCCAUCAACGAAUCCACACAGGGGAGAAGCCGUAUAAAUGUGUAGAGUGUGGGAAGAGCUUUUCUGACAAUUCAUAUCUUACUGACCAUCGACGAACCCACACAGGGGAGAAACCAUAUAAAUGCAUGGAGUGUGGGAAGAGCUUUUCUCAGAGGGCUCACCGUUCUGUCCAUCGACGAAUCCACAGAGGAGAGAAACCAUAUAAAUAUAGGGAGAGUAGGAAGACCUUUGCUAAGAGUACACAACUGAAGGACCAUCUACAAAUCCAGACAGCGGAGAAACCAUAUAAAUGUGUGGAGUGUGGGAAGACGUUUGCUCAGAGUACAGCACUUAACGUCCAUCAACGAAUGCACACAGGGGAGAAACCAUAUCACUGUGUGGAGUGUGGGAAGAGCUUUGCUCGGAAGCCACAUCUUAUUGUCCAUCGACGAAGUCACACAGGGGAGAAACCAUAUAAAUGUGUGGAGUGUGGGAAAAGCUUUCCUCAGAUAGCCCACCUUAUUGUCCAUCGCCGAAUCCACACAGGCGAGAGACCAUAUCACUGUGUGGAUUGUGGGAAGAGUUUUCCUCAGAUGGCCCACCUUACUUCCCAUCGACGAAGCCACACAGGGGAGAAACCAUAUAAAUGCAUGGAGUGUGGAAAGGCAUAUGCUUGGAGUACAGAGCUUACUAUCCAUAAACGUAUCCAUACAGGGGAGAAACCAUAUAAAUGCAUCGAGUGUGGGAAGAGCUACACUCGGAAAAAACAUCUUACUGUCCAUCGACGAAUCCACACAGGGGAGAAGCCAUAUAAAAGUGUCAAGAACGGAAUACCUUUACUCUCAGUACACAGCUUACUGACCAUCAAUGAAUCCACACAGGAGAAUCCAUAUAAAUCAGAACCCUACUUGGGUUCUGAUGACAUCGAAGUCAGCAUAGAAUAAAGGGCAGUUGCCGGUAAAGUUUGACCUCCAUUUCUAACCAUAUUUUUUUAUUUUCUUUUUUUCCCACAAACCUGAAUUUUUUGACUCAUUUCUAACGAUUUGCCUUGGAAAUACAACUUAUCUUGGAAUGCUGGUAAAUCCCCAGCAGUGUCUGACUUCAAAAAUGCUGGAAAGAGUUUCUGAAAUUAUGGAUUUACUAGGAUUUACUAGGUACAAAGUACAGAGAACUUAUUCAUUCAAGAUAAACUAUUGAACUGUGCCUAAAUUAAUUUAAUUACUUCUUUCUAAACAGCUCUAACUUAAACAGAGCGGAAACAUAAGAAGCAUGGAAUAAUUUGCAUUCUUUCCUUCCCAAUCUAACAAAUGCUUGUUCUUCCUGUCCUUAUUCAUAUAUAUUUUUAUAUAUAUAUUUCAACAGGACUUCCUGUUGAAGGGAGCGGAGCUUCAGCUCUGAUGCGACACAGCAAAAGAACAGCUUGGCAGAUUCGACACACACACAGCUUAACAGGAGGAUACAAAAGAAAUAAAUUACUUUUUUAUUUUAAUGUUAUCAAUCAGGGCACCAUCUCUGACAAUUUCUAAUAUACUGUAACAACAACAACAUUCAACUUAUAUACCGCCCUUUAGGGCAAACGUAACACCGAUUCAGAGCGAUUUACAAAGUAUGUUAUUAUUAUCCUCACAACAAUCACCCUGUGAGGUAAGUGGGGCUAAGAGAGCUCCAGAGAUCUGUGACCGACCCAGGGUCACCCAGCUGGCUUCAAGUGGAGUGGGAAAUCACAGCUGGUUCUCCAAAUUAGAGUCCCACCGCUCUUAACCACUACACCAAACAAGAUGAUCUUGGACUUUGUUCCUUCCCCCCCCCACCCCUUUUUCUUCAGGCAACAGGAAGCAGAAAGGAAUCAGCAUAUUAGAAAAUAGAAAUAUCGCUGCUGGGCCAGCCUCCUGUUUGUUACUUUUGUCUUUUUGACUUUUU